GAUCUGUCUCUGGUUCUUUGGGGGAUUUCCUGGGCGGAAGCAGCGGAGGGGGUUUCCAGUGUGAUCAGUUUCUCUCCGCUGGAUCUGAACUGAUCCCAGAGAUUCCUCUCUCACUGACACACAACCGACAGAACCGACAGAACCGGAGAGCCCUGAACCCGAACCCGAACCCGAACCUGAACCCGGACCAUGAGGAGUCCGCCUGAGGCCCGGAGGCUCAGCGGCAGCGGCAGGUUGACGGUUUGAAUCCCGGAGAGGAGCCGAGCCGACGAGCUGCUGAGCUGUGGACCGCGGAGGAGAUUCAUGUCAUGUCAGCGGGGAGGAGUGCUGACGGGAGGGAGGUGCAGAUUCCCCUCCAGCAGGUGGCGCCCUCCCUGACCACGCCCCUCUCAGUGGCCCUGCCCUCUCACCGUCAAGCCAAUCCCUGGCCUCCGAGUGACCCCGCCGCUUCACAAGGUGUCCCUGCAGGUUUCCUGCCUCUUCACGGAGGAUUCAGAGACGACUUCGUAGAGACUCCAGAAGCCAAGUACUGCUGCGAGGCCUGCAGGCUGGUCCUGUGUCAGCCCCGCCAGACCGAGUGUGGACACCGCUUCUGUCAGAGCUGCAUCAACGACGUCCUCAGUCAUCCCAACCCGGUAUGUCCGGCUGACAUGGAGCCUCUGUUCAAAGACAAGAUCUUCAGAGACGUUUGCUGCCAACGGGAGAUCAUGGCACUGAAGGUUUACUGUCGCAGUGAAAAUAACGGGUGUCAGGAGCAGAUGAGUCUGCAGCAGAUACCUGACCACCUGAAUGUGUGUCCCUUCUUCGAGGUUCCCUGUCCGUUGGGUAAAUGUAAAGAACGAAUGAUGAGGAAAGAGAUCCCCGACCACCUGAGCUGGAAAUGUAAACACAGAGAGACCAGCUGCGAGUUCUGCACGACCAAGAUGCCCCUGACUGACCUGCCGAAGCACAAAGAGACGGUGUGUCCAGCGUUCCCGGUGUCGUGUCCAAACCACUGCUCCUUCUCCUCCCUUCCCCGGAGCGAGCUGUCCAGUCACCAACACGACUGUCCCAAAGCUCAGGUGAGCUGUCAGUUCCACUGCUACGGCUGUACCUUCAAGGGUUUGAACCAGGACAUGAGGCAACAUGAGUCCACCUUUGCAGCUGAACACCUGAGAAUGAUGGCCAGCAGAAACUCCACGUUAGAGAACAAGGUGGAGGACAUUAAAGGGGAGCUGUUGGAGAGGUAUAAGGUGCUUCCUGCUCUCAGCAGUCGACUGUCUGAACUGGAGAACCAGAGUGACGAGCUGAGAGAGAAGAACCGUCAGAUGGAGCAGAAACUGACCACCAUGCAGAAACUGAUGAGCUCUCACUCAGAGAAGCUCCUGGAGGUGGAGCUGGAGCUUCGUUCUCUCCGUGUGCUCAGAGAUGAGGUGGAGAACCUGAGAGGAACACUGGAGAACGUCCGGACCAGACUGAACACUCUGGAACAAGGGGGACGCAGCGGGACUGGAUCCACAACGCACACUCUGGCAUCCCUGGAGACUCAGCUGAAUAGACAUGACGACAUGCUGAGUGUCCACGAGAUCCGAUUGGCCGACAUGGACCUGCGGUUCCAGGUGCUAGAGACGGCGAGUUACAACGGGACUCUAAUUUGGAAGAUCCGUGACUACAAGAGACGGAAACAGGAAGCGGUGGCGGCGAAGACACUGUCGCUCUACUCACAGCCGUUUUACACCGGAUACUUCGGGUACAAGAUGUGCGCCCGCGUCUACCUAAACGGAGAUGGCAUGGGAAAGGGGACGCACCUGUCACUGUUUUUCGUGGUGAUGAGGGGCGAGUACGACGCCCUGUUGCCCUGGCCCUUCAAACAGAAGGUGACUCUGAUGCUGAUGGACCAGGGUCCGUCGAGGAAACACUUGGGGGACGCCUUUAAGCCUGAUCCAAACAGCAGUAGCUUCAGACGUCCUGCAGCAGAGAUGAAUAUUGCCUCCGGCUGUCCUCUAUUUGUGUCUCAGAGUGUCCUGGAGACCGGUAGCUACAUCAAAGACGACACCAUCUUCAUCAAGGUUACCGUGGAUACCUCCGACCUUCCUGACCCGUGACAUUGUGAACGCUCUGACCUCUGACCUCUGACCUCGCCGGUCUGAGAUCUAUUCACCUGUCUACGCCCAGUAGAGCAAAGGAUGCUGGGAAGGAUCCGUGACGAUGGAGGAGGCUCAUCUAUCCGAUCGCUACGCCGACAGAAGAGAAGAAGAAGAGUCCGACAGGAAGCAGCCAAUCAGAGACCAGGGGGCGGGGCUUCUUCUGAUGGACUACAGAACAGUGUGUGUGUGUGUGUGAAUGGAUCAGUGUUGCCAUGACAUCACCAUGGUGAUGUCACUCAGAGCCAACAUGGCCGCUGCAGCGAAUCGUUGUUGCUGCUCAUUACUGAUGCCGUGCAUCGAGCUUCACUUCCUGUUUAUACCUGUUUACCAAGGCAUGCUGGGAAAUCCACUGCAGCCACAGAGGAGCUCAGGAAACCAGACCGGACCAGAACAGACCUGUGAGACCAGUACAGACCAGUACAGACCAGUACAGACCAAACCAGACCCAGAACAGACCUGUGAGACCAGUACAGACCAGUACAGACCAGAACAGACCAGAACAGACCUGUAAGACCCAGAACAGACCUGUGAGACCAGUACAGACCAGUACAGACCAGUACAGACCAAACCAGACCCAGAACAGACCAGAACAGACCAAAACAGACCAGUACAGACCAGUACAGACCAAACCAGACCUGAACAGACCAGAACA